AUGUUUGAGAGACGGAAAAGUUCCCAGGGGUGAGUGAACCGCCUCAUUGUCUUGUCAUUUUAUUGCAUUCGUCUCUAAUAAUAAUACAUUAAUUAGUCGUCUUCUCGCUAGUGGUACUGGGCGUACAUUAAGUGAUCAUAGGUCGAGCAGCCAUGCCGAUGUGAGUAAUACCAGAGGUGUGGCAGCCGACCGACGUUUCGCGUCGUAUUCUCCUUCAAGUGACAGUAGGGAAAAAGUGAAAAAUACACUUCCUACACCGUUUCAAGAUGACCGAGUACAAACUGGUGGUUGUCGGCGCUGGUGGCGUCGGCAAAUCCGCAUUGACUAUACAACUUAUACAGAAUCAUUUCGUGGACGAGUACGAUCCUACGAUAGAGGAUUCGUAUAGAAAACAGGUGGUGAUAGACGGUGAAACGUGUUUGUUGGAUAUCUUGGAUACGGCAGGGCAGGAGGAGUACUCCGCGAUGCGGGAUCAGUACAUGCGUACAGGGGAGGGGUUCCUGCUAGUGUUUGCAGUGAAUAGUGCGAAAAGUUUCGAGGAUAUCGGCUCUUAUCGUGAGCAGAUAAAGAGAGUCAAGGACGCUGAGGAGGUGCCCAUGGUUCUGGUGGGGAACAAGUGUGACCUGCAAGCUUGGGCGGUGGACAUGACGCAAGCUAGAGAGGUGGCGCGAAGUUACGGCGUCCCCUUCGUCGAGACAUCAGCCAAGACCCGCAUGGGCGUCGACGACGCUUUCUACACGCUUGUCCGAGAAAUCCGCAAAGACAAGGAGGCGCGAGGCAAGAAGAGCCGGGGCAAGAUCGGCGGCCGGCGUACCAUCAAGUGCGCACUGAUAUAACUUGGUACUCUUUUAACUGUCCAUCGGUGGGCUAGUCCACUUUAUUCGUAAAAAUUAUGUCUGUCUCUUCAGGCUUAAACGAAGGUAUGGAGAUCGUUUGAGGACGUAGGAUAUUUUAAUAAUAAACAUUAAUAAAACGUCCGUGAGACACAGAUAUAUAAAGGGUAUUGUAACGGGCCACUCGCAUGUUUUAAGUCGAAGAUUGCUCGAUAUGCGUCAGACUGCGGGCUGCAGCUCUCCGCGACUGACGCCGGCGGCAGAGAAAGCGAGAAACUACCCUCAUUUUCGGCACUAUUGUCAUCCGCUAAAGAUUCUACUUUAAAUACGUAAGCGACCCGUUGUAGGCUUCUUUAUCACGGAAAUCGUAGUUCGUUCGCCUUGCCCAUGGACUGUACGUUAAGUACUUUGAUAGUUAAUUGUCCCAUACGCCCUAUAGCGCUAUGGGACGCCGGCUUUGGAAUGGCAGUUCUUUAAGCCUUGGUGUGUUUAAACCUUUAUCUUACAGUUCAAUAAUGACAGUCAAAUUUAUUAACUUUACCCUUUGUUAGGCACAUUUAGAUAUGGCAAAAAUUACUACUGUAUAACAAAAAUUGUACCAAUUUUUUCCUUGCGCAGAUUUCUUUGCAUAGUGUAUUUUUUUUAUAUUGUCCGUUAAAGGGUUAAAGCGUUUUAAUAGACAAGGCUUACAUAACUAGCUUUUCAUGUGUAAAUUGGUGUUCAAUAAAAGACUGAAAUGUACACAGUUAACUAGACUUAUAUUGACAGAGAUAUGGUCAAUAUAAGUCUAGUCAUAGAGAAAUAAGAAGUAAUAUAUUGCUCACUCCAUACAUCAGUUUUGGUACCAAAAUGAUUAUUAUAUUCGCAGUCGACAUCUAGCAUCAAGUAGCGGAACUCUCAGUACUGCUACUCGACAAUAGAUGUCGCGGCAAACAAAAAGUCUAAUGCUCAACGAUUUUCAGCUACUAUUAUAACCAAAGUGUAGGAGUUGAAAAUAGAGUUCCGGUUACUCUGUAGGGCUAAGAUGGUCGGCUCUUUAUCAUUUGUCACCAUGCCUGUCACGUUCUAACAAGUAUGUAAGCGUGAAAGUGAUGGGCAUAGUGACAAGCGAUAAAAAUGGAACCAUGCUGCCACUGCUUAUUAGCGGAAAAUCGAAAAGCAUUUUGGUACCAAAACUGAUGUGUGGAGUGAGCACUCUAUUACUUCUUAUUUUUCUAUGAUCUAGUGAGACUAACCGUGAAUCAUUCAAAACUGUCACAAUACUCACAGUUAACUAAUUUCACACUAAAAUGCUCAUAACUUUUUUUUCUGGAGAAAAAAACGAGAAAUAACAAUGUGUAAUGAUUGUGGAUACAAGCGUUCCUGAUAUUUGACCACUUAUAUUGAACGCCAUUUUACUACAAACUACUGAUGCUGUCGGAGAGUUUCCAAAAUUACGAAAUUUCCGCUUAGAAAAAUUUCGUAACAUAUUUUUGUAUAGGAAUGGAAAUUGUCCUAUACAAAAAUAUUCCUGUAAAACUUCCCUGAAAUUUCUGUAAACCGUUCGAAACUUUUUGGAAACUUCCCGCAGCUUGUACAAGUACGAACUCACCAAGCAACAGCGCCGAAGGCUUUUGCCAUAAUUUUUUCAACCGAGCCAAAGGCGAGGUGUGUUAGGGCGUUUUGAGUAACUUUAUGAGACCAUUUUUGCAAAAACUGCUAGUAUCUAUUUUCCAUAGUGUCUCAAUACGGCCCUCUAGCGUUAAACUUGCAACACUUAAGACUAUUUUACUCUUAAUUUGAAUUAUAUCUUAGGUAGAUAGUCUAUCUAAUAAAAGGCUAAGCCGGUAUUAAUCAUUUUUUGCAAGUUGAAUUGCUUGUUUGAAUGCGACACAUUAUAAUAAAGAUAAUGUAGAAUUUUAUAAAAGUUUAACCCUUUGAACGCUACGUCUCGUGUGCGGCGCGCAGUGGCGAGGCAAGACCAAAAUUUGAUGUGGGCAAGGUACAUUUAGCGAGGCCCUCUGGUGGCGCAAGAAAUAACGAACAUCUUUACGUUCUGUCCGAGAUACAUGCGGUGGACCACGCGUAACGCCCGCGCCAUCAUGCACCAUGUCACAAUGCACUAAGAUUGAAAUUAGGCUGUACCCACACGCGUUUGUUGACGUCUUUGGCGGUCAAAGGGUUAAAAUUUAAAUUGUGUAUAUAUUUUUGCACAUUAGGCGAUUUGCGCUUUCAUACUUGCUUACCCACACAGUGUGUGGUCAGUGUAUCGUUGUUACGAAUAUUAUACAUUUUUUCUAAUCUAUACAGUUUAUAAAGGUGUAUUUCAUUAGUAAAGUUCCACUAACUUUAAUGUUUAAUUUGACUAAUAGGAUGGAAAAAAUAUGUUACGACAACUUAUCUUGAAAAAUAAUAAUGAUAUAUCAUCAUUAUUUUUGUUAUAAGCUAUAAAAUACAAUUAAUUUUAUUACAUUAACACAUUAAUAUUUAUUCUGUCAAAUUAAAAUACACGUUAUUACAUUGCAAAACAGUUUAAAUUUGUGAUCCUUAACAUGCCUCCUUUACAAGGAUUUUCAAAAUAUAAAAAUUAUCCCUUUAUUUUUAAAGGGUAUUUGGUAAUUUAUUAGGAUUACCUAGCUCUACGUAUCUCUACUGAAUUUACAUAUACAAUUAUGUAGAUAAAUAUAAUUAUACCUUAAACGUUUGCAUAUAUUGUUGUAAAUGAAUUGUGAGGAGCUCCCGUGGAAUGGUGGAUUAUUUGUGUUGGAGGAAAAAAACUUAUUCAAAACCAACGCUUUGUUUUCACUUUAGUCCUUUGUACAAAGGAUUGCUCGCUCAGAACUGUUCAGAACACUGGAAACAUGGCUCAAAUGUGUCUUUUUGUACAAAAUAAGACGUUUAAUAUUGGCCAGCAGAGAUAACAAAAGGAAAUGAUCAUACAUUUUGGUCUACAGAGAGAAUGAAUGUAUAUAAAGGGCCGAAUUCAAAAUGGCCGCUUUUACAAAAUGGCGGCAAACUUUGGCCGCCUAUAUCAAUGUUGAAUGUUUUCUAUGGUAGCUACUUUCUAUCUGUAGAAACGAUGUUUUGUCCUUGAAUUCCAUUCGUCAAGUUAAUUUUCGAUAGACAAGUUUUCUGUAAGAAACGCUUUCUAUUUUGUGCAGUUAAUCAUACCUUUAGAAUAGUUGGUAUUAAUAAUGUCCGAUAAGUCUUCUAGAAUGGAAUACCUUUUAUAAUGUAAAUGUUUAUGAAACAAUAGAAUUUUGAUAUCUAAAUAAAACCAAAAAGAAUUUGAAGUAGAGGUGGAUUGUCAAAGAAAACUAUGUAGCCACAGUAAAAUUACUGCCAUGUUGCGACACACAAUUAAAACUUUUAGAACGCCAUUUGCCAUUGGCGUUCUAAAAGUUUUAAUCAUGUGUCGAAAGAUGGCAGUAAAUUUACUGAGGCUACAAUAGUUAUUUACGAUACAAGUACGAAAAAUGGGAAAUUAGUAACGAGUGGCGAUAAAUUAACACGACCGAAGGGAGUGUUUUUAAAUCGAUACGAGUUGCGAAUUACCUAUUCGCACAUGUAUCGUACAACGUUUUACAGUACAUAUACAGUUCAAUUUUCGACAUAGUUACAUGAUGUGCUAAUUUACGCACUAGUGCGGAAAAGUAGCACCAUAUGUACUGUAAAAUUUUCUUUUACUAUCCACCUCAAUUUCAAAUUCUCUUUGAUAAAACUAACUGGGUCCUAUGCAAAAAUACUGAGUUGUGAGGAUUUUACCUAUAGAUUAUUAUUGUAAUAGAAUAGCUAAGUCAAACUAAUAUUCUAUGCUUGCAGGAGAUAGUUUAGCCAGCCAACUGUAAGAGUAAGAGAGAUGAACAUAAUGAUUUCCAGAAAAAAAUCUCUUUGUUGGUUGGCCAAACUGUAUUUUACCAUUAUUUUCAUACACGCAUACAAUGAAUUUUAAACGAACUUUCGCAUACAAAAAUAGUGUUCUAUAGUUUUAGGUUAAACGACAGUAGUUUCCAAAAACUAUUUUUAUAGAGUUUUUGGAAAUCACUGUUUUUUUUUCCAACGCCGAUUCCGAUGGAAAUAAGUAACGUUCGAUUGUGACUAGAUAGCUACUUAAAUCAUUUUGACGACAUGAAGUUUUUAUUUCUUAUCGGCGUUACCAUUAGUUUUUAGCGUAAAAUAUGGAUUUAUUUACGAAUAUUAUGCUGCCAUGAAUAAUUAUCCCUUUUUUUUAUCAAUUUUCGCAUUUAGUGUCACAGACAAUUGAACUAAUAGACGUGCAAAGUGAACCAUAAUAAUUCACUAGAUGCCUAUCGUUUGAUUAAAUGGUCACUACAUUGUUGUUCACCUUCAGUCUAUUAGUUCAAAUAUCUCGUGUUGUCGUCGUUGAGUUGGCAACCCUAGAUACAAUUGAUAGAAAUCACACAAACACAUAUAUUUUAAUGCCCUCGGAUGCCUGUUAUAUUUAAUAAGUUCACCUAUUCAGAGGGAGUAUGAUAAUUAUCUAUCGAUAAGAACUGGCAAUUAAAAAAAUGUAUGACAAAAAAUGCAGUUCUACACAAGUCGCUAGGGUUGCAAAUCCAAUGUUUAGAUAAAUCUAAAUGUAUUUCAACUGGCCUCUUAGCUGCUAUGUACAGUGAUAAGUCUUGUAAAUAAAUUAAUCAAAGCAUUAUGACAUUGUAUCAAAUGAAUUUCGAUGCUAGUGCACAAUUAUGUUGGAAAUAGUAUUUAUAAUUAACUCUGUAACAAUAUGGCACAACACUGUGUGCUAAUUUGAAAUAAAUAAAAUCAAAUCAA